UAAUAUGGCAGAUCAAUCAUAAGCUGAAUAUUUGAACUUAAAAGUAAAAUCUCAAGAUGGAGAGGAAGUGUUCUUUAAAAUCAAAAAAUAGACUCAAUUCAAGAAGUUGAUGGAUGCUUAUUGUUCAAGACAAAAUGUAAGUAUGAACUAAAUAUUUUAGCUUCAAAUCUAAAAUGUGAGAUUCUUAUUUGAUGGAGAAAGGAUUUUAGAGACAUAAACUCCAGCUGAUGUUAGAUUUAUAUGAUAUAUAUUAGAUUGGAAUGGAAACAGGAGAUGAAAUUGAUGUUGUUAUUGAGUAAGUCGGAGGCAUGAAAUGUAUAUGAAUA